UGCCUGAGCUCCCCUGUGCUCUUUGCCAUCCUCUUUGUGGCAGGUGUGCGCUUCUGGUGCAGGUGCCCUGUCUAGGCAUUUCCUUGGCUCUGGGUGCCAGUCUGUGCUCAGUAGGGUCUCUCACCCUUUUGGAGGGACCCGGGCACACACAGACCCUGCCUCCUCCCCAUCCAGCUGCUCCAUUGGCUGGGAUCCGUGCUCUAUUGAUUGAGGAUCUCUGCUUCUCUUCCAUUCCCCCUCCUGGCAGCCCUGUCCUCCGCUACCUCCCCGAGAUGUUGAAAGUCACUCUGCCCUCCUCGUCUUCAUCGUCUUCCUCUUCUUCCACUGCAUCCUCUUCUACCUCCUCCUCUUCCUCCAGGUCUGGGACCUCUGCACCGGAUUACUGGAUCGAUGGCUCCAAGAAGGACACCUUGGCCCAUUACUACGAACUGGAGUCUGAGCUGGGACGGGGAGCCACAUCUGUUGUAUACAGAUGCAGACAAAAAGGAACCCAGAAGCCAUUUGCUGUCAAAAUGUUGAAAAAAACUGUAGACAAGAAAAUUGUAAGAACAGAAAUUGGAGUUCUGCUACGACUUUCACACCCAAAUAUUAUCAAAUUGAAGGAGAUAUUUGAAACUCCUACAGAAAUUAGUCUUGUUCUUGAACUGGUGACUGGAGGAGAAUUAUUUGACAGGAUUGUGGAAAAGGGGUAUUACAGUGAGCGUGAUGCAGCUGAUGCAGUGAAACAGAUCCUUGAGGCAGUGGCUUAUUUACAUGAAAAUGGGAUUGUUCACCGAGACCUAAAGCCAGAAAAUCUCUUGUAUGCGACUCCUGCUCCAGAUGCCCCUCUUAAAAUUGCUGAUUUUGGACUUUCCAAAAUUGUGGAUGAUCAAGUGACAAUGAAGACUGUAUGCGGAACCCCGGGGUACUGUGCUCCUGAAAUUUUGAGGGGAUGUGCCUAUGGGCCUGAAGUGGAUAUGUGGUCUGUUGGUAUAAUUACCUAUAUAUUGCUUUGUGGCUUUGAACCUUUCUAUGAUGAAAGAGGGGACCAGUACAUGUUUAAGAGAAUUCUUAACUGUGAUUAUGACUUUGUCUCCCCCUGGUGGGAUGAUGUGUCAUUGAAUGCCAAGGACUUGGUCAAAAAACUAAUAGUGUUUGAUCCAAAGAAGCGUCUCACCACCCAUCAGGCAUUACAACACCCCUGGGUGACAGGUAAAGCUGCUAACUUUGCUCAUAUGGACACUGCUCAGAAGAAGCUACAAGAAUUCAACGCAAGGCGCAAGCUCAAGGCAGCUGUAAAAGCUGUAGUAGCUUCAACCCGCCUAGGGAGCGCUGGGAGCCACAGCAGUCAUGACAGCAAUAAGACAAGUCGGAAUCCAUCCCCAGUACAAGAGGGUGGCCAGGAGGAAGGUCCUUCUCAGGAAUCUAAGCAAGUUGAAGAUGGCGAGUCUUGAAAAACGCAACAUAAAAUUUUGGUCCAAGUCUCUGUCAUUUCAUGCACCAGCAACAUCAACUCAGCAAGAAAAGAUAUCAUAGCAUGGCCUAAUGGCAUUUUUUUCUGUUUUCUAUAUAUAUAUAUAUUUUUUUUUUGAUGAGGUGCAAUGAAAUAAGCAAGUUGGUGAUGCUUUGUUCAGUGCAUGUGACUACGUAUAUCAAAAUGGCCAACUUCAGACAUGGACGACGCAAUGUCAACACGGUACCAACACGUGAACUAUGACAUGAACAAAUACGAUUUCAAUUAUAACCUUGAUAUGCAUAGAAUCUACAAAAUAGAUGAAGUAUGACGUAUGUAGUCUGUUUUUUCUUUUAGCAAUUUUAUAAAGCUAUUGGACUUGGGUUAUGCCUACUAGUUUCAGUUACAAUGUCAUUUUAUCAUCAUGUCAAGAGGAGUGACAGUAAUGGUCAUAUAACAGAUUACAUUUUGUUUUUAUCCACUACAUAUAACAACUGUUUACAUGAAAAUAGGAUAUGCGUUUAUGCAAAAAAAUAAACAAACAACAUUCCACUGAUAUAGUUUUCCAGGGGCUUCGAAAAUACGGUUUCAAACAUAGCUUGCAUUAACCGCCCACAUGCCAAAAGGGGGUUGCAAAGCACUGCAUGGCCAUCUUCCACUGGCACUCCGGGGGUUAAGAAUGCCUUAUUAUAACACUUUAUAUACAGUAUUUUAUUAACCAAAAAGCACUUUCAUAGACUUUUUCAGUCAUUACAUUGUCUAGAAUUGCAAAUAUGUAACAUGUAUACUUAUUUAAGCAAAAUAAUACAAUAUAGCUUGCGUACUGUAGUAGGUGUGUUUUGUGUUUCUAACCUUAAGUAACUAGCUGUCCUUUUAUCCAAAUUAAAGUUUAUAAAUCUUUCACAACUAAAAAAAA